AGCAGAUGUUGCGCUUCGUGUGCUCCGUUUCCGCGCUGUCAUUGUUUCCGUUUCCACCCACGAGAAGACACUGCCUCACGCCUCCACACGCACACUGUGGAGCAGCCUGUAUCUCCUUUCCUUUAUUGUUUUCUUUUUUUUUUGGAGUUUAGUUUGGAGUCUCUGAAGCGAUUUGAGGAGAUACUUCUGGUUGAAGAAUGGGGGACAUCGAGGCUCCCAGCUCUCGGCCGAGCCACACCGCCACACUGCUCUCCGUUCUCCCGAGCAAAGAGUUCGCCUCGUCCAAGAAAGGAAUGCUACUUAUUGCUGAAGUGGUUCUCUCCUUCAUUUCGUUCGUGUGCUUUGCCGCGUCCACUGCGGCCGCCUUCGUCACCAUCCCGCUGGUGGAGUUCCUGGCUGCUCUCUUCUUGUUGUUCGCCUACUCCACCAAGUUCUACGAAAGGUUUCAAAGCUUCUUCUGGCCUCUUAUGGAUUUCAUGAGAUGUGUGACCGCCUCCAUCACCUUCUUCAUCAUCUCCAUAAUCGCAGUGUCCAAAUAUGUGGAUGAGCCUUCCAAGGCUGCUGCGGUGUUUGGAUUCAUCGCCACCAUCGUGUUCGCUCUAGAUUUUUACCUCAUCUUUAAUGAGCUGGCUGAUUUCCUGAAGCAAAGAGAUGACCCACAGGAUGAGCCGUCAAGACAGCAAGAUGACUCUUCAGACUCCGACUCAGACUGAGACCAGGACGGAUCCUCACCAGCCGACACGUCCGACCUCACACAAAAGUGAACCUUCUGCAGUCGAAGCUGCUGGUUUUCUACCAGUUUUCAUCACACGACAAGGUUACAUUAAUACUGUCCACUGUGGGCAAUCACAUUCAGGUCACACUGACUGUAAUUAAAGCAACACUAUGUUACUUUUGCUGGCUAUGCUGCAUGUCAUUGGAGCAAACAAAUCUGGGUGCAGAGCUUGCGAGGCCUCAUUGCUAAUUUGGCCGUUUCAGUUGCUAGCUAAGCUCACUAAGUUACACACUUUUAACAUUAAUAAAAAAGAAUGUAUUAAUAUGUUAGUCUGACUAAAAGCAGACUUUUAAAAUACAUGUUUGUCUGACUGAAAUUGUUCUAAAUUGAAAUUCUCAAAGUUUAAACGAACACCCAGGGAGUCGGAGCAGUUCCCGCCCCGGGCUAAGAAGCUGGUGGCAAAAAUCAUUGAUGUUUUAUGUUCUAUCAGCUUAAGGAACUGCAUAUUUCAAAGUUCAUAGAUGGUAGGAAGACUUGGAAUGGCGCUUAACACGCUAACAAGUAUAUUAGCUGCAUGCUAAACCAGAAACAACCUGAUGCUAACAAGCUUAAAUCACUGGGACACUGGGACAAGGACAGUUGUCUUUUUAAACGACGUAGUCGUGCAUGGAAUGGAGUGUUUCUACCCACUCAACAAACUUACUUAGGCAAAUAGAACCCAGUGAGCAUCAGCAUCAUUUUAAAGCUGUUUUUGUUUUUUUAGAGGAAAAUCUUGCAUAGUGUUGCUUUACUUUGCUGCGUUCUGUUUAGUUUCUGCCGGAGCCAAAAUAUGUUUAACGGUGAAGAACUUGGAUGUUGACGUUCUUCUGCUGAACGUCCAACGCUGCAAAUACGUUUCACACAGGAAUUUAAAGCCAUGUGACAAAUAUGCCGAUAGUAACUUACUUUUACUUUCUCAUACUCACAGUGUUUUCCAAACUUUCUCUAUGGGGGGCCAAUUUUCUACAGAACUGUCAAUCACAAAAUCAAUUGAGUGAAUCACAACUUCAUUUUAUACACAUUAUUUAAAACAUAUACUUUUUAAUUUUGGGAAAAUUCAGCUACUUUUUGUGGGGGGGGGGGCAAAUAAAAUCUCCCGUGACCCAUCUGUGGGUCUCAACCCAGACUUUGGGAGCCACUCAUUUUGAAGAAAAUAUAAGUACUAUUAUCAACCUGGUAACUUAAAGGUCCAGUAUGUAACAUUUUGGAGGGUUUAUAGGCAGAAAUGUAAUAUACAUACAUUGUGAAGCCAAAGCUUACUGUACUGAAGAAGAACAUCUUUUCUGUAUACCAUAAUAAGAUGUAUAUAUACCAUAAUACCCUGAUGCUGUUAUAGAGUGAUUUAGAAGAGUCCACCGUGUAUUGCAAUCUGCAGUCUCACCAUCAGAUUCUCACUCAUUCUCACACACUGGACCUUUAAUUAUCAUUAAGCUGUGAAAUCGUUUGUAUCGACGUGUGAGAUCAUUUGUAAAUCUGACAUAAAGACUAACAAUGACCGACGCACUGUGACCUCCAUUACAGACACAGUGAACACUUUAAUGACCUUGGUGAACAAAUGUUUAGGAUUACCACUAGUCAAGUUAACAAAGAUGUGUAAACCACGUUAAACAUGUGAUCAUGGGGCAGUUUAUAAGUGUGUAAGCCGACAAGAGGGAGAAGGAUAAACUGGUUCAUAAAUGUGUGUUUCUGGCAAAAAUAAGAUGAGAAAUUAAGGUUAAACGCUGUUGGAGCUUCCUCCUGUUGUCAGAUUUUUGUAAAAAGUCAGAUUUCAAAGCAACUUUCUCUGGGUCAUUACAUUUUGAGAUCAUCAGUGUUUUUUGUUGAGAGCUUUGUGAAUUUUUAGGUUAAAAACACUGAUAACCGUGUGUUUUUCAAACCAAUUCAGUUAGCCCAAAGUGUGAGAGCAUCGCUGCCUGUCUGCUGUGUGUGAAUUAAUAAUGUCUUUUUUUUGUUGUAAAAUAUCAGAUAUGUGAAUCA